ACCGAAUGCCCCAAGAGGUGAAUUUGCAAGGACUCCUCCUCAUUCCGUUAUCUGUAAACCCACGCCACCGAUAAUCUCGUCUUCCUCUCUCUCUCUCUCUCUCUAGACGCACGCCCCGACGGCGGCCCAAACUUCUCUCUCUCCAAGCGUUCUCCCGCCGUCGAUCCUCUCCGAUUUUACCGCUCCGCCAUGGCUAAUGCAGCAUCAGGGAUGGCUGUGCAUGAUGAUUGCAAGCUGAAGUUUUUGGAGCUGAAGGCAAAAAGGACUUACCGCUUCAUUGUAUUCAAGAUUGAGGAGAAGCAGAAGCAGGUUGUGGUGGAAAAGGUUGGCGAGCCAACUGAUAGCUAUGAAGACUUCACUGCGAGCCUUCCUGCUGAUGAGUGUCGAUACGCUGUCUACGAUUAUGACUUUGUGACAGAAGAGAAUUGCCAAAAGAGCAGGAUUUUUUUCAUUGCGUGGUCCCCUGAUACAUCACGGGUGAGGAGCAAAAUGAUUUAUGCAAGCUCCAAGGACAGAUUCAAAAGGGAGCUUGAUGGCAUCCAGAUAGAACUGCAAGCAACAGAUCCAACUGAGAUUGGCCUUGAUGUCAUCAAAUGCCGUGCUGAAAAAUAAUUGAUUCUCUGGUUGUGCUGCUCGUGCUAUGGAGUUGGGCUGCUUGUGCAAUGGGCUAUGGAGUCGGGCUGCUCGUGCAAUGGAGUGCAUCGCGCUCAUUGCUUUAUUGAAGAGCAAUGUUAAUAGUUAUGGCCCUUAUGAGACAGUGGAACCUGUUUUAGAUAUGAUAUUGGUUUGUUGUUCAGAGCUUGACAUUAGUAUAAUAUUGUCCUUAUCUAGAACAAGUUCAGUGAUUUGGAGCUUAUUUGAUGACUUCAUCUUGUGUGGAACUUAAAUAAGAUAUCUGCUAUCACCUUUCUGUUUA